CUGUAGUGUUGCCUUCCCAUUCUGCUUCACAACACGAGGACACCACAGAAGAAGCUAUUGGGUUAGCUAGAACAGAGAGUUGUCCCAACAACACCAACAUGUCAAUUCAAUGGUUGGGCCUCCUAGUGGACCUGUGGUUUCUUUUGUCCUGCCUACCAUUUCACAUCUCAGCUUUCAAUCUGGACACAGACACAAAGCAUGUUCUGAGGAAAAAUGGUGAUCCAGGAAGCCUGUUUGGAUUCUCCCUGGCACUGCACCAUCAACUGAAUCCUGUCAAUAAGAAACUAUUGCUGGUUGGAGCACCACGCGCCAAGUCAUUUACCAAAAUUGAAGUUACGGGAGGAAUCUACCAGUGUGAGCUCACCACUGAUUCUAAGAGCUGUGAGCGUGUCAAGCUUGACAAUUAUGAGUUUGUUAAAAGCAAGGAUGUCAAAGACCAAUGGAUGGGUGUACGAGUGACAAGCCAAGGCCCUGGUCAAAGCGUUAUGACCUGCGCACAUCGAUACCAGGAGUGGAGCACCAAUCCUGACACCCCUAACCUCGUAUUCGGUCAGUGCUAUAUCCUGGGGGAAGAUCUCCACAAGAGUGAUGCCCAUAGAAUCUGGAGGAGGGUGAUCUGUGAUGACAGAAAACACAUCAAGGAUAAGCCUAAGAAUCCUGAUUGGUUCGGGUACUGUCAACAAGGUCAUUCUGCCGCCUUCGCCAAGGACAACACAUCUCUGCUGUUUGGGGGCCCCGGAGCUUACCAGUGGAAAGGAAUUGUGAGAAUGGAGUCCCUAGACAACCUUGAAGUGUCAAAUGAAGAGCCCUGUGAAACUGGGGAUGUGGACAGACUUGACCGUGACCUCAUCCCUCUCCUUAACAACAGUUAUCUAGGAUUCUCAAUCGACUCUGGAAUGGCCCUCACCAAGAAGGGCCAGCUGACUAUAGUGUCUGGGGCACCACGAGGCGGUUUCAGUGGGGAGGUGGCAUUUCUGAAGAGAGACCCAUUGGCUGAAAGAAGUCUAUCUGUGGAAAACAUCCUUAAAGGCCCAGGCCUGGCCUCCUCCUUUGGCUACGACAUAGCCGUGGUGGACCUCAACGCUGAUGGGUGGGACGACCUUGCUGUGGGGGCACCCGAGUUUUUCUUAAAAGAAGGGGUGGUCGGAGGGGCAGUGUACAUCUACAUCAACAACAGGGGAAGACAGUGGGAGAAGAUUGAGCCUGUCCGUCUGGAUGGGAACAAAGACUCCAUGUUCGGUCUCGCAGUUGAGAACAUUGGAGACGUCAAUCAGGACGGUUAUGAAGAUAUUGCUGUGGGGGCUCCCUAUGAUGGUGUAGGUCGAGUGUACCUUUACUAUGGUUCCUCAGGUGGAAUCCACAAAAAGACAGCACAGAUUAUAACAGCAGAAUCGUAUAAUAUAAGACAAUUUGGAUUUUCUCUGACUGGCAAAAUAGACAUGGAUGGCAAUCAUUACCCUGACUUGGCUGUUGGAUCACUCUCAGAUUCCAUAUUUGUCUACAGGGCAAGGCCAGUAGUCAAUAUCAGAGAGGACUUACGAAUCACCCCAAGUACAAUCAAUAUGGUGGCAGAGCACUGUGACAAACACAAAUGUACAUUCAAGGCACGGGCAUGCUUUACCUACACAGCACAGCCGCCAUCCUACAACCCCAAACUGACUGUCAACUAUGCCUUCGAGGCUGACGCUGAGACGAGGAAACAGAGGCGUUCCUCCAGGAUGGCGUUUCUGUUUCAGUCCCAGGGAGUCCUGGAGCUAGCAGGGCAGGGCAAAGAGAAGUGCACUGAGACCCAACUCAAGCUAUUGGGUGAUAUCAAGGACAGACUGCACAGCAUCCCCAUCUCUGUCUCUGUGUCCUUACUGAAUGACAGUAAGACAGAAAGCAAGAGUCCCCUGCCUGCACUUACUCCAAUACUCAGCCUCUAUGAGCAGAGUACAGCCACCUCAGAGGUUAUCUUCAUAAAUAAAGGUUGUGGGAGUGAUAACAUUUGCCAAAGUAACUUGGAGCUACAGCACAGGUUCUGUUCCAGACAAAAACUACUGGGUCAAGAUGUAUUCACCCCACUGCCCAGUGAAAGAGGUAUUCCAGUAAUCUCUGCUGGAGAUGAGGACAUAGCUUUGGAGGUCAAUGUGACCAAUAGGGAGGGUGAUGAUGCCCAUCAGAGUCAUCUGAUCAUCAAACUCCCUGACUCUCUUUCAUUCUCAUCAUUAUACUUCAACCACAUUUCAGAAGUACUAGUGAAGUGCAACCCCAAUGACAAUGGUACACUGACAGACUGUGAACUGGGAAACCCAUUCAAAAGAGAUGCUGAAGUUACUUUCUAUGUAAUAUUGUCCACUUCCCGCAUCUCUCUGAGCACAACUGAUGUAAAUGUUACCUUGCAGCUUGAAACGACAAGUGUGCAGAAGAUACAAGCAAGUGAAGCAAAGGCCAAAGUAGUUUUUGAGCUGCACCUACAAGUAUUUGGACUGGCCAGGCCCUCCCAGGUCAGCUUUGGAGGAGCUGUAAAGGGAGAGAGCGCCAUGAAAUCAGAGGACGAUAUUGGAACCCUUGUGGAGUAUGAAUUCAGGAUAUGGAAUUUGGGCAGGCCACUGAAAUCCUUUGCCAAUGCGUCACUGAAUAUCUACUGGCCCAAGGAGAACGCAGUGGGGAAAUGGCUGCUGUACCUGGUGCAGAUCCACAGUGAAGGCAUACAGAACGUUCCCUGCUCUCCGCUAACGGAGAUCAGUCCAGUCCAACAUAUAAAGGGCUCUCGUGAUAAUUCAAGAAAAAGACGAGAUGCUCAUCAGGAAGCAUUCUCAUCUGAGGAUGGAUUCUCCUUCCUGUCAAAGAAAAGAAAAUACAAAACUCUGACAUGCUCAGACGAGUUGAAAUGUGUAGAGAUACGGUGCCCUCUGCUGGGUUUGGACAGUACUGCAGUGGUGUUUCUUCAAGCUCGCCUUUGGAACAGUACUUUCCUUGAGGACUACAGUUCAUUAAACUACCUGGACAUUGUGCUGGAUGCCACUCUCAGCUUGACAGACUCUGCAGAGAAUAUUGGGCUUAGGAAGACUGAGAAAUCUGGAACCCAGGUGAGGCUGACAGUGUUCCCUGAGAGGAAGGCUGCCAUCUGGGCUAAGGUCGCCUGGUGGGUCAUCUUCCUCUCUGUAAUGGUAGGACUGCUACUUCUGGCUCUGCUCGGCUUUCUGCUGUGGAAGUGCAUCAAGUACCCUGUGGCUAAGAAGUACUACGUCAUGCAGAAGAACACAGAGGAACGUCACCCCAUUAGAGGAGACUCAUCUUUGGGUCCAACUGCAUAGGCACAGAGAAUUGAAGAACACAGAGGAACGUCACCCCAUUAGAGGAGACUCAUCUUUGGGUCCAACUGCAUAGGCACAGAGAAUUGAAGAACACAGAGGAACGUCACCCCAUUAGAGGAGACUCAUCUUUGGGUCCAACUGCAUAGGCACAGAGAAUUGAAGAACACAGAGGAACGUCACCCCAUUAGAGGAGACUCAUCUUUGGGUCCAACUGCAUAGGCACAGAGAAUUGAAGAACACAGAGGAACGUCACCCCAUUAGAGGAGACUCAUCUUUGGGUCCAACUGCAUAGGCACAGAGAAUUGAAGAACACAGAGGAACGUCACCCCAUUAGAGGAGACUCAUCUUUGGGUCCAACUGCAUAGGCACAGAGAAUUGUAUACACUUCAAUUAUAUAAUUAAUUGAGCAGACUAGUGAAAAUCUCAUUUUAAGACUGUGUAUGUACACAAAUGUUUACAAGUUGAGCACCUCUUUGAAACAUCUUAAACGUACAUAAAAUGUAAUGGAUUUCAGUUGUUGUUUUUAAAUUACGUGUUUGUUUUAAUGGUUGUGUUGAUGUCAUACUGUACCUGUGAAUCUGUCUGACUGCCAUGUGGAUAUUAAUACAAAUAUGAGCUUGAACAUUAGAUCCACUGGUAGCAAUAAUACAGUUACCAGAAGAGACUUGAAUUCUGAAAACAGUCCAAAUGAAUUUACAGGCACAACAUUUUCUUGACAGUUUAAUGAAAUGGAGUAAUCUAUUUCCCAAAAUUGUUACAUCUUAAAGUUGUACUGACUAUCCUUUUACAGAAAUGGAAUGUGGUAUCUUAUAUGGGAGUGUUGAUAUGAGGUCAUAGUGGUUCCACUAACAGACUAGAAACCAAAUGUUUUUUGAAUAAAAACAAAUCGCCAUCCAGUGACCACUCGUUAAUUUGAAUUGUGCACUUUGAUAGUCAAACGCAUCUAUCAUUGUUUAUUUUAAUAAUGAUGCUUCAUUAAUAAACAGUCAAAAUCCA